AUGACACAACCACAUCAUAUUAGGAUUGAAGAUGACGAGUGGAUUGAAUGGAUUAGAAAGGAUUUUAACAAGUUUGCUGACAAUGGAAAAUUAAGCGCAGAAAACUUCGAAAAAUCCCUGGCUAUUAAUAAGUCAUUUUUCGCUACAAGAUUUUUUGCCCUGUUCGACGCUGACGAAAAUGGGAAUGUCGACAUCGAUGAACUGAUAGAAGGGUUACAUCUACUGAAGAAUGGAACUCCAACACAGAAACUCAUGUUUUUGUUUAAUGUCUUUGACACAGACGGAAGUGGUUCAAUUUGUAAGGUCGACCUAAAAACAGUCCUGCAAUCAUGUACCGAGGAAAGUUCUUUACAUUUGUGUGAUGAGGAUGUUGAUGAAUUAACCACAGUUUUGUUUGAGGAAGCAGACAUUGAAAACAGUGGUCAAAUAUUAUUUGAUGAUUUCCAAACGGCUCUAGAAAAACACCCUGGUCUCAUAAAUAAUCUAACAUUCAGUGUAACGCAGUGGUGUAACAUUCCAAAGAAAAGACGGCUAUUGCGAUUUUCUCGCUACUGGUCUAUGGUCUAUGUUCGACGCAACACGUCCAAAAUUGUUUUAGUAAUAGUGUAUAUUGCAAUAAGCAUCGCACUUGGUGUAUAUGCUGCAUUGAAAAACAUAGAUUCUAAUGGAUUCCUUAUAACUGCCAAAAUUUGCGGGAAAAAUUUGAAUUUCAAUUGUACUCUUGUAUUAGUGCUGAUGCUACGACAAGCAAUCAAUCUCGUGAGGUCAACUACGAUUGGCAGACGACUUCCGCUCGACAAACACGUGCUGUUCCAUAAAUAUGUAGUAAUUAUGAUUGUUAUUUACACAACGGUUCACACGAUUGGACAAGUUGGAAAUGCUUAUGUGGUGUCAAAUUUGUCGACAGAGCUCUCAGUUGGAAAUAUUUUGUUUACGGAUGCAUCAAAUUAUGGGUUGUUAGACGGCUCAGCAUAUAUCACUGGUUGGAUUGCAGCAUUCAUAUUGAUUGUGAUUGUUAUUUUUUCGUUGCCAUGUAUUCGCUCUAAAAUUUAUGAACUGUUUUUCACAGUACAUUUUUUAUGUGUUCCUUUUUGGAUAUUAUUGAUUUUCCAUUGCCAAGAUUUCUGGAAAUGGAUUUUGGUGCCCGGAUGUUUAUUUCUAAUUGAACAGAUUUACAGGAUCAAAUGGAUUAAACAAAUACGUUAUGGUGUAACUCACAUCCAGCGAGCUACCCUGUUACAUGGAAGCGUAACCCACCUUGAAAUAUCGAGACCAAGGACAUUCGAUUUCAAACCUGGUGAUUAUCUGUAUUUACAGAUCCCGGACAUUUCUCCGUAUGAGUUUCAUCCAUUCACAAUCAGCAGUGCACCGGAAAUGAAAGAUAUGUUAUGGUUACAUAUUCGGAAAAGAGGAAACUGGACAAAUGCCUUGUAUAAAUUCAUUUCCAAAUACGACCCGGAUGUUGGUUCGAGAAGAUCAUUUUCAUGGUUACAAAUGAUAAAAUCUUUAACGGGGAGAACGAGAUCGAAUUUGCCAGAUAGUGUUAAGGGCUCAGUUGAACCUGUAAAUAAUCAAAGACAAAGAAGAGGAGGACUCCCAUACAUUGAUGAGGUUGGUUUAGUGAAGCAGAGACGAAUACAAAUGAAAACGAAAAACAUUGAAAUCAGAUGCUUUCUAGAUGGACCUUUCGGGAGCCCUUCACGCGAGGCGUUGAAUACAGAUCAUUCAAUAUUGAUAGCUGCAGGUAUUGGAGUAACACCAAUGGCCUCGAUUCUUCAAAGCAUAGUCCAUACUUUAAGGGAAAGGAAGCUGAAGUGUCCAAAUUGUAGUCAUUGUUAUUACAAUAACACGACAGAGACAUUUCAGAAAUUGAAAAAGGUCGAUUUUAUAUGGGUAAAUAGGGAUCAGAGAUGUUUCGAAUGGUUUACUCAUGUGCUAAAGGAACUUGAGACAGAACAGGCCUUGCUAAGUUCAAAGGGAGACAACCUUGUAGAUUUACACUUGUUCAUGACAUCUGCGGUUAAGAAGUCGAACAUGGAAGGAGUGGGAUUGCAACUGGCUUUAGAUUUGGUUCAUCGCAGAGAAAGUAAAGACUUUUUUACAGGUCUAGAAGCUCGGACCCAACCAGGUCGCCCUGACUGGGAUAAGCUUUUAUCCGAAAUCGUAUCGAAAAGAAAGGGAAAGAAGAAAGUUUUCUUUUGUGGACCAAAACCAAUGUCAGAAAAUGUGAAGCAAGUCUGUGAGAAAUAUCUGAUUCCCUUUGCAAAGGAAAAUUUUUAAUCAUUUGCUACAGAGAGUUUUUAAUGCGUGUUUAUACGUGUAUUCCAUAGAUGCUUUUUUGUCAUAAUAAACGAUAGAAUGGUCAUUUAUAAUAAUUAGGGAACGACCAUUUAACUUCAAAAGGGGGGGGGUGUUAUGGUUUUAUCCUAAAAAUAUAUUCUGAUCCCCAAUUUGAUGAGAAAAAAUAUUGUGGUCAAGCUGAUGACAAAAAAAAAUAUUCUGAAUCCAGAUAUUCCCUAUACCCAAAAGUAUUAAAUUUUGAAAAAAAUAAUUUGAUUGAUAGUGUCUAAAAAUAAAAAAAACAAAAAUUCUGAUUCAAACAAAAAACCAUAUCCCCCCCCCCCUUUUGAAGUUAAAUGGUUGAUCCCUCUGUUUAUUAUAAUUGUGAUUGAAUGCUGCGUGUAAAUAUUGCUAUAUUUAUUUCAUAUUCUAUUGUGGACCAUAACCAAUGUAAGAAAAUGUGAAGUAAGCCUGUGAAAAAUAUCUGAUUCCUUUUGCAAAGGAAAACUUUCAAUCAUUUGUUAGUUGGAAUUUUUUAUGACGACAGCAAAGGGACUUUUUUAUACAUAUAUUCAACAUUUCGAAGAAAUGUCCGUUGUUAUAAACGACAUAUUUGGCAUAUAAUAAGAAUUGAUAUAUUAUAAUUCUUAUUAAAGGCUGCUGUAGAUAUUGCUCUUACUUUUCUUUUUUGUACGUUAUGUACCCCAAAAAUAUAAACAUUAUUAUUAUACCUUACAUAUAUUUCAAACAAUUCUAUUGGGUAAAACGUUAUCACGUGACAUGGAAUAAUUCAGUUAAUAACCCUAUUAUUCACCGGCGAAUAACCUUUUUAGUUUGUUGAUUUGUACUCAUGAAAAUGACGUCACAAACGUGAAUAAACAAAAUGGCAACGUUCAAGUUACAGGAAGCCCAUUGAUCGAGAGAAGCGGAAAUAAGGCCUUUGACGUGCAUCUUGUGCCGAUGAUAUCUUUAAUAACGGUCCUUUUCAGGGCCAUCAAUAUUUUACAAAAAGAAUAUACCUUUGUUGUACAUACGAGAAUUCUAAGACACAAAUUACAUGUAUUUUUGAACGUCAACUUGUGUUAAUAACUGACUCAAGUAAGGGUAAGUGCUUUUACAAUGAUUCAAAAUGCCCUUCCACUGUUAGUUCGGUAUAAUAAAACAAUUGUGGUCCCUUAGAAGCGAUGAAUAUCCAAAAUUGUCAACCCUUAAAAGUUAUUUCACUUCGGGCUGCGCCCUCAGUGAAAUAACCUUCUCGUGUUGACAAUUUUGGAUAUUCACCUUUUCAACGGGCCAUAAUUGUAUAUUAUUGUCAUUAUUAUGCUGUUGUUAUUUGUUUUCAUUAUUGGUUUUUGUUUUUUGUUGAAGUUCUUGUUGAAUUUUUGUUUUGAAUGUAGCAUUAAUAUUAUCUGUUGUACUAAUUUUAACGUUUUACAGUUAAAUAAUAUAUGUCAGUAUGUGUGUGUCUUUUGUCAUUAUAAUAUUGGCCAUGUCCUCAAUUACAUUCAAUAAAAUGCUUUUUGAUAAACUGAAAAUAUAGUAUUAUAUUUUAUUACCAUAAUUGAUUUCGUAAAAUAAAAAAAAUAUUUCACUGUA